UAGAAGGAGACAUUUGCUUAUAAAAGGAGAAAUGGGGGCCAGAAACUCACCGGUUUAGAGGAUUAAGCUGCAGAUACCCGUAACAUCGCUGUCUCUCUUCUCCGAGAUUUCUUCAAAAUGGCAUACCCAAAUUAUGAGAAGAAUUAUUUUGAAGGAGCAAUAGAUGAAGAAAAUGUGAUUCUUACAUUGGUUCCAGUUAAUGAGGAAAUUAUUGAAGACCAUCAGAUGGAACCAGGUGUUUCUUCAGCUUUGGAAGUCAAGAGUACAAAUGAUGAAGUUCAUCCUCCUGAAACCAACAAACAGUUCAAAGCUAGCCCAAAAUCAUGUCAUAAAACAAUUCAUCCUUUGCCGAGCAUUUUGCCUCCAAUUAAUCAAGUGAAUCGGAACACUUUGCGGAACUGGUGUCAACAACUUAAUUUGAGUACCAGUGGCCAGAAAAUAGAGGUUUAUAUGAGACUCCGGACAUAUGCUUAUUCUGAAAAAGAUCAGUAUAUUCCUGAAACAUCAUGGGAGACCAGAUUGCAGUCAGCUUCAAGGAAACACAAGAUGGUGACCAAGAGACCAAGAGUUCAGAAAAGUAAGAUGAGUGAGAGAGGGGAAAAGACCAACAUGGUUGAAGUGGUAACUCCGGCUCAGGAGGCCAUGUUGGCAGCAUGGUCAAGAAUUGCUUCAAGAGCCGUUCACCCUAAGGCUGUGAAUUUACCUCCCGUUCCUGCUUCUGUUGAGACCUUUCUGCCACAAGCCUCUGGUGUCCGAUGGUGUGUGGUCCACGGCAGACCGUGUUUUGCAGAUACAGAAGGUUGGGUUCGCCUGCAGUUCCAUGCAGGUCAGGCCUGGGUGCCUCAUACCCCUAGGAAGAUGAUCUCUCUCUUCAUGUUACCUGCCUGCACUUUCCCAUCCCCAGACCUAGAAGAUAAUAUGUUAUGCCCUGAAUGUGCUAAGAGGAAUAAGAAAAUUAUGAAAAAAUUAAUUGCAAUGAGGAAGAGGAAGAAGCCUAGUUUGAACACACCAACAUCAUUCCCUUCAGAUGGACCAAGUCUUGAUACAAAAUAAAUGGUUACUGGAGGGGAAAGUUUUGGGGUGGGUGAAAUAGGUGAAGGGGGGGUAACUGUAUGGUAAUAAUGGUUAGUAGACUUAUUAUGGUCUGUACACUUGUAGUUUACACAAAUAAUCAAAUUACUAUGUUGUAAUGUGAAACUAAUAUGUUAUAUUCUAAUUUUACCUCAAUUAAAAAAAAAAAGCAGUGGUUUUUUAGAAUUUACCAGUGAAUCCAUCUGGUCCUGGACUCUUGUUUGGGUAGUUUCUGACUACUGAUUCAGUCUCCUUAAUGGUAAAUCAGGGGUGGGGGAGGAGAUAAAUGGCAAUGGGCCCACAGCUAAAGUGACUUUGCAUUGCCAUGAUUGCUGUGCUCUACCCUAGCCAUCCUUAAUGUUGCCUGAUGCCUUGGGUAUGGAUGAGAAUGUCUGGAUCCUGUACUUGAGGUCUACCAAAAGGUGACUGCUACUGCUGCUUCAGAUACUAGCUAUAUAGAAUACAAUUUGGUUUUAUUGACGUUCCUCUGGUGGCGCAGCAGAAAUGAAUCCAACUAGUAACCAUGAGGUUGCAGGUCGAUCCCUGGCCUUGC